UUUAAAGGGGCCGCGGCAAAGAGCGGAGCUGUGUGUGCUCCAACGCGGAAAGCCGGUUAGUCGGUCUCAAUCCACCGUGGCGUUCGCGUUAAGCCGGUGCUCCGUUCCUCGAGUUGCGGUGCCUCGAGCCGCCGAGAUUGACGACGGGACCGGAAGGAGACUCGAGGCGGUGCGGACUCGUCGCCCUGACUCGCACGUCGUCCUGGUGCGUCCGGCGUGACACAAAACGGUUCCUUUGUUUCUCGGUGUACUUUCGAUUGUUAUACAUUCAGUGUUUCUGGUGCACGUGGCAGAUGCGGUUUGCGCACGAAUUUGGUGUACCCAGGACCUGCGCGCAGAAGAGCAAAACUGACUAUUAACGAUGGAAGAAACAGCAGCAAGCAACGAGAGCGCUUUGUACCUCGUGAAGUUUCGUCGCAGUUGUCGCAACCGCGAGUCUUACGACGCGAUCACGGAAUUAGUGGCUGAAUUACGACGUGCUUACAUGGUGAAAGGGCUGGAGGCUCAGCUUGAUGAGAAACAGGCUCACAGAUACGCCGAGCUCGUGCGAAAACGCGAGAUCGCCGACUUGAUCCGCCAGGAACAACAGGAAGUGUUGGAGGAGGAUCUGCGGUGCCGGUCGGAGAUCUUACGGAAGUCGGAGGAGUACAGGCGGCAGCUGGACGAACAGUUGACACGGAAGGUGGAAGAGAAAAGAGUCGUUGUGGAGGAGGCUCGUGAGUACAGGAAGUUCUUGGAAGAAGUGGACCGAGCGCAGGAGGAAGAGGAACGCUCGAAGGUGCUGGAGAAAAAAUGCGCGCUUGUAGAGAAGACGAGGCAAGAGAGACUGAUCCUCGAAGAAAUGAGGGAGAUUCAUCGGCAGGAGGAGCGUAGAGCGGAAGAGAAGAAGCGGCUACAAGAUCUAGAGUACUUGAAGGAGAUAGAGGAGAGAUCGAAGGAGGUGAGCAAACUCCGGCAGGAGCAGAUAGAGAGGCGCGAGCGUGUCCUGCUGGAAACAACGAGGAUUAUUCUGGAUGCUCAGGCUCGAAAACGCGAGAGAGAAGAGCGACUGAUCGAUCUCGUAGCUGAGGAAAUCAGGUGUGAGCUUGUAAUCAAGGAGAUGGAGGAGUCGAUGCGUAGAAAAAAAAUGCAGCAGGAGCUGGCAGCUACUUUACGGGAACAGAUAGUCUUUACGGAACAGUGCAGGCUGCAUUUCGUGGAGGAGGAUAGAGCAUGGGCCGAGGAAGUCAUGAGGAAGAUUAUGGAAGAUGAGAAGAUGGCAAGGUGCACGGCGGAGGCGAAAAGGAGGAUGAAAGUACAGUACCGGAAGGACCUGGAGAGUUUGAUUGAGCACCGCCGCAGGAUUCGCGAGAAGGAGAUUGCUAGGAUUGAGGAAAUUGCUAAAGAGCAACAGAGAUUGGAACUGCUUGAGGUGGAACGCGCGAGGGAAGAGAGGAGGCGCUUAUUGACGAUACACGCGGCUAACAUCGCGAAUUUUGUGAAUAGAGCGACUCUCACGGCCGAGGAGCGGGAAAUUCUUGACGAAUUAACGAAGAAAAAUCGGGACCCUGAAAAUAUCGACGAUGGAAACGCGAAAGAUUGAACAGGAUGGCAAAGCCGCUAAUAAUAAGUAAAAAUUUCAUCUCUAGUACUGCCGAGAAAAUCCGUUAGGAAGGUAGAGAAGAUAUAACGAAGAAAUAUUGUACUUAUCCGCGAAGAUGGUCGAUCUGAACUCAUUGCAGUAUUCGUAAGUAACUAGAAUUUGUAGAGCGGUUAAUAAAGAGAAAGAAGCUAAGAGAGAGAGAGAGAAAGACAUUAAAGAUAGAAAGGAAGUGCAUGUUACAUGUAGGUAGAAAAAGAAUUAUUCGAAAAGAGGCCAAGAGAAAGAUCGAAGAAGUAAAGGCCAGAGGAAAUGCUGUGAUCGACGCGGAAAAAAGUGAGAUUGACGACGACAGUAAUGUUAAAGUUGAAGAACUACGUUUUUCCAUCAACUUUGUGCGUCUAUUAAUAAAAAAAGGAAAGAUUUGUAAAAGACUGAAAUUUAGCUUAUUAUUUGUUUUGGAAAAAUUUCAUCGACUAUUUUGUUAAUAAUUGUUGUAGGAAACGAAUAUCCGAAAGAAUUCGCAGAGAUUGGCGAUCAAUUAUACAUGUAUGUAAUAUUUACGUUCAAUAAAAAAGUUAAUUAUUAGGAUGGAAUCCUGGCUUUAUUUACGUACCGUUAGAACAUG